CAGCACGACCAAUCACAGUAGACCGCGGCUGUCCCACGUGACAUGUUGUAAACUUCUGAAAACAAGCAAGAUGUCAGCGAACGGUUGUGUGACAGCUAUCCGGCUUGAUACCCUCAAGCAAGCUGACAAACCACAGAUCCACCUGCUGCCUUGUGAAAUAGAGCAUGACGGACCUGCUGGAGUCUUCAAGUUCUUUAAUCCCACUGUGAAGGAACGCAAACACGAAACGACAGUGUCAUUGAGAGGUCGGGGACUGAAGGGUCAGGAAUUGCAUUGCCCAAAUGGAUACACAGGCCUAGUGCUAAAAGAGGUCCAGAAGCCUGCAUCUGAUCAAGAGGACAGAGUAGUGAAAAUUUCUUCAGUGUUCCAUCAUUUCACAUACUGGAAUCUGGAGACUCCUCCCACAUCCGAUGAUGGAGUUGUGAUGGCGAUGACAUGGCCUCAGCUAGCGGAGGCAAUGCAUGGACCAGUGGACUGAUAAUGGACAUUGUUUUGUUGUGGAGAUCUGCUUCUCAAGUACAUAGUUACAGUUAAACAGAAAUGUCUUUAUAAUCUAAUGAUUUGCUCAAGAAACAUUUCUUAAUAUCAGUAUUUUAAAAGAUAUUAGUUGUGCUCUUUAUUUUUAUUUAGUGAAACCAUGAUACAUUUUUUCAGAAUUAUUUGAUGAAAGCAUUUAUUCGAAAUAGAAAUCUUUUACAUUAUAAAUGUCUUUACUGUCACAUUAUGUGUCCUUUCUGAAUAAAACU